AUGGUUAACUUCAAAAACAUCUUCCUUUUGGCGACUUCGUUCACUGGUAUCGCCACCGCCGCUGCCACCGCUACUGCCUUGACUGAGUCGAAAGACACUGCCAUUGUCGAUAACGGGGUGCAAUUCAACACUGGCAUUUUCAACGUCAGCAGCUCCAGUUGGCAAGUGUACAGUGCCUUGCCUUUGAAUGUGGACAAGAGUUUGUACACUGAAUGGGCUAGAGAUGACCCCAGAGGGUAUGUGGGGAUGCUUGAUGACGGAUUUAAAUACAGACUCCCCGAGAACAGAAGCGUUGUUCUUGAAGCCGUCCGCCGGGAAGACAAUAAGUACGAUGUCUACGUCAAUGGUCGCGAAGGCACCAUCGUUGGCUAUUGUGAACCGCAAGAGUACCAAACUUUUGACAGCUACUUCUAUUACAUUGCCUCGUGCUAUGUGUCGGAGUACCAGUUGAAGCUCGCUGGGAUCGCGCCGUGUGACCCUAAAUGUUGGAGUUACUGGGAUUACUCGUACGCCCAACAACACCAGAUCUACUCAGCAUUCACUUCUACAGCCACCGAUGGAUUUUAG